AUGUUUACUGCAAAGAGACUUCUUUGGGUUCUGAAGGAACAUGGACAAUCUUGGGAUGGAGCUUAUUUUCGUGAAAUUCUUUUGCAACAACAUGUAAUUCCAUUUCUUCGUGAUCCAGCCAAUGUUCUUGACACAGAUGAAGUUAUAUUUCUUCAUGAUAAGGCACCCUGUAUGAAGGCCAAUGCAACACAGCAUCUUUUGGAAGAUGAGGCGAUGAAGUUCUGGGGGUAUUCAAUUUGGCCUGGCAAUAGUCCUGAUAUGAACCCAGCAGAAAACAUUGGUGCAAUUAUCAAAGAUAAAGUUGAAGAAUUAAUGUCAAGUGAAGAUCGUCAAAACAGAUAUAAUUAUGAUAUUCUCAAAACUAACGUUGAGAAUAUACUCAAGGAUCUCGAAAAUGAUACGGAUCUUUUUAUUGAUCUGCUGUGUUCAAUGAGAAAAAGACUUGAUGCUCUCAAAGCUGCUGGAGGAGGACAUACAAAUUUUUAA